AUGGCUCCACCUAGCGUAAUCAAGUCCGAAACCGGAGUCAACGGCAUUGAUUUUACCGGAAAGCCUCUUUUCCGGUUAGAGGAUUCCAAUCUCUUAGCCAAUGGUCAUGUCGUCUUAACCGAUGUACCGGUUAACGUAACCAUCACACCUUCACCUUACUUAACCGACAAAGACGGCGAACCAAUCGACUUCUCCGCCGGUGCAUUCGUCGGGUUUAACCUCGACGGCGAGUCUCAAAGCCGCCACGUGGCGUCCAUCGGAAAACUCAGGGAUAUUCGAUUCAUGAGCAUAUUCCGUUUCAAGGUGUGGUGGACCACUCACUGGGUCGGGUCAAAAGGAUCCGACAUCGAGAACGAGACCCAAAUCAUCAUCCUCGAUAAUUCCGGGUCGGAUUUGGGUCGUCCUUAUGUUCUCUUGUUACCGCUUAUCGAAGGCUCCUUCCGUUCGUCUUUCCAAUCCGGACAAGACGAUGACGUGGCGGUCUGCGUCGAAUCCGGGUCGACCCAAGUCACCGGGUCGGAGUUCCGCCAGGCUGUGUAUCUUCACGCCGGAGAUGAUCCGUUUAAGCUCGUGAAAGACGCGAUGAAAGUGAUUAGGGUUCAUAUGAACACCUUUAAACUUAUGGAAGAGAAAUCGCCGCCGGGGAUCGUCGAUAAAUUCGGGUGGUGUACUUGGGAUGCGUUUUACUUGACGGUGAAUCCUGACGGCGUUCAUGAAGGUGUUAAGUGUCUCGUCGACGGUGGUUGUCCGCCGGGAUUGGUUUUAAUCGACGACGGUUGGCAAUCAAUUGGACAUGAUUCCGAUGACAUCGAUGUUGAAGGGAUGACUUGUACCGUCGCCGGCGAGCAAAUGCCUUGCAGGCUUUUGAAAUUUCAAGAGAACUACAAAUUCAGAGACUACGUCUCUCCGAAAGACAAAAACAAUGUCGGAAUGAAAGCUUUCGUCAAAGAUCUGAAAGAUGAAUUCUCCACCGUCGAUUACAUCUACGUUUGGCACGCUCUUUGCGGGUACUGGGGAGGUCUCCGUCCCGGAGCUCCGACUCUUCCGCCGUCAACUAUUAUCCGGCCAGAACUCUCGCCGGGACUUAAACUCACUAUGGAAGAUCUCGCCGUCGAUAAGAUCGUCGAGACCGGGAUCGGAUUCGUCUCGCCGGACAUGGCGAAGGAGUUCUACGAAGGUCUUCACUCUCAUCUUCAAAACGUCGGUAUUGACGGCGUUAAAGUUGACGUCAUCCACAUUUUGGAGAUGUUGUGCGAGAAAUAUGGCGGGAGAGUUGACUUGGCCAAGCCUUACUUUAAGGCUUUAACGGCGUCAGUGAAUAAGCAUUUUGGCGGCAACGGCGUUAUCGCCAGCAUGGAGCAUUGUAAUGACUUCAUGUUCCUUGGAACUGAAGCCAUCUCUCUAGGCCGUGUUGGUGAUGACUUUUGGUGCACGGAUCCAUCGGGUGAUCCAAAUGGCACGUUUUGGCUACAAGGAUGUCACAUGGUGCAUUGUGCAUACAACAGUCUCUGGAUGGGAAAUUUCAUCCAGCCUGAUUGGGACAUGUUUCAGUCAACACAUCCUUGUGCUGAGUUCCAUGCUGCUUCUCGUGCCAUCUCGGGUGGACCCAUUUACAUCAGCGAUUGCGUUGGCCAGCACGAUUUCGAACUUUUGAAACGCCUUGUUUUGCCCAACGGUUCGAUCUUGAGAUGUGAGUACUAUGCUCUCCCGACCCGUGACCGUCUCUUUGAAGACCCUCUUCAUGAUGGCAAAACCAUGCUCAAGAUUUGGAACUUGAACAAGUACACUGGAAUCAUCGGAGCAUUCAACUGCCAAGGAGGAGGAUGGAGUCGAGAAAACAGACAAAACCAAUGCUUCUCUGAAUGCUCUAAGACGAUAACCGCCACAACAAGACCCAAGGACGUUGAAUGGAACAGUGGGAGCAACCCAAUCUCCAUUGAAAACGUUGAAGAGUUUGCUUUGUUCUUGUCUCAGUCCAAGAAGCUUGUGUUGUCUGGACCAAACAAUGACCUCGAGCUCACUUUAGAGCCUUUCAAGUUUGAGCUGAUCACUGUUUCUCCUGUUGUGACCAUUGAGGGCAAAUCCGUUCGGGUUGCUCCGAUCGGAUUGGUUAACAUGCUAAACACAAGCGGUGCGAUUCAAUCUUUGGUGUACCAUGAAGAGUCUGUUGAGAUUGGAGUCCGUGGUGCCGGAGAAUUCAGGGUUUAUGCAUCGAGGAAACCAGUGAGCUGCAAAAUUGAUGGUCAAGUUGUUGAGUUUGCGUAUGAAGAGUCAAUGCUGAUGGUUCAAGUGCCUUGGUCUGGUCCAGAGGGUUUGUCUUCUAUUGAGUAUUUGUUUUAG